AUGUUUCAGACCCCUGAAAUCUCAGAUCCGUCCAUGGGAACAAGUUUCAUGCAUGUUUUACCUGACUCCUUCCAGAUGUUGCCGUCAGAAUGUCUAGAGGAUGACCCGUGGCAAAAGUUCCCAUUCACGGGAUUUGUCGCUAUGUUGUCGGUGACUAGUCACUCUGCCAUAAUGGCUACUAGCUUCUACAGUAGCAAGACCGGUAGUGAAAUUGUGCCUGCUGCUGGUAACGGUGAUCAGGAGAGAGCGAAUCCGAUAAUAGCUCAUGGUCAUAGCCACCGUCACGGAGUUACUUUAACUACUAAAGAUGAUAGUGGCUCACAGUUAUUGGGGUACCGAGCAAAUGGUUUUGGAGCUUGGAACUAUAGUUCACUCUGUGGUCAUUGCACUAUCUCUAGGUGCAACAAAUGA